AGAAGAACUUUUAUGUUUGUGUUAUUGACAGAGGACAGAGUUGUCAAAUAUUGUGUUAUGGAUGUUGAUAAUACAUCGUUUUAUUGAAAAACAAAAACUCGCAUAACUUCCAAGUCAAUUCCGUCAAUACUAAAUUUUUAGUGUAAUUCUAUAGGACAAUAAGGCCUUAAAAAUGGCAGAGAAGUCUGAUAACAGCUGGGCGUUUAGCUCUUGGUUGAAUGCAGCUAAAAAUAAGAGCACCGAAGUCUUGGAAUUUGUCAAAAAAGAUUUGGAAGAAUUCGGUUCCGCUGUCAAGUCUGAAGCAAGUAGUGUUGUCUCAUCAACCGGCGCAGUUAUUGAGAAAACACUGAAUCUUGACUCUCCAGACUCUACAGCUAGUAACAUGAAACGAAGUUUCAGUUCCUUUAUUGGUCAGAUGAGUAAUGUUUUAAAUCCAAGCCCUGAUGACUCUGAUACAGAGGUUCUAAUUGUAGAAAACUCGGAGACAGUAACUUUAACAAAAUUCCAGAAGGCUUUGUAUGAACUUCAAAAUGAUCCAAGAACAUUCCUGUGUGACCCGGAGGAAGAACUACAUAAGCAGUUUCAGUGUUGGCUAGAAAUAAUUGAUGAUCAGUUGUGUGAUGAAAGGAUAGCUAAACAAGUAAAUAGUUCUGAAGUUCUCAAAAGACAGUAUGCAAAACUUGUCCCUGAAAUUGUAGAACAUCAACUUUUUUGGAAAAGGUAUCUAUUCAAGAAAGCUUUAUUGGAAGAUCAAUUUGCUAGAGAGGAAGCUUUAGGGAAAAGAGAUCAGAAGGACAAACUUGACUCUGAGGAGAAUUUGAAGUGGGAUCAAGAAGAUUUCGGACCAGACGUAGAGCUGACUGAGGAGGAGCAAAUAAAAUUACUGGAGCAAUAUGAAAACGAAAAAAAGUCACAAAUGCCUAGUUAUAGUCCCAAAACCGCUAAACUUCCCAUUGGGGAAAAAGUUGUAUUCAAACAGGAGUCUCCAAAGCGGGAGGUUAAACCCAAAAUUAGCAAGAAUGAUGUUCUGUCUAAUUCUCCGAAAUCAAAUAAAGGUGAUUCUGCUUUAAGUACUCCUAGUAGCAGCAGCAGUCUCGAUGGAGACUGGGAAAAAGUGAGUGAUGUGGAAAAAUAGGCUGUCUAGAUGGAAAUUAGGAAUAUCUUAUGCAUUUGAAUUAAUUUUAUACCCAAUGUCUCUACUAUUUGGAAUUAUAUUCUACGAAAUCUAGUUUUAAAUCUA